GCAACAGUUGCUAAGUAAGUUAACAGUUUAGUGCUAAAGUCUGGAAGAGAGCCACUGCUUAAAUCUUCCCAAAUCCAGUGCCCAUACCUUAUGUGGCAAAGGCUUUUAGAACCGUUCUUUACCAUUAGGCACAUAACCACUGCCUAAUCAUGGCGAAUCAUUUCAUCCUUACCAGCCUCUAACAUCGUCCUAAAACCUUGAUCCUCUUCUAGCUUCCUUAAACUUCCAGAUUUUCUUAAAACUUUUAUUUCUGAUCUUAAGUGUACUUUAACUGCACAUAGUAAAAGAUAUCUUAAUUAUGAUCCGAAAUCCGAAUUACACGAAUUUUGUUUGCUGUGCUGUUUGUAAUAAAAUAAUUCCACCAGCCCCUUUGGGGGAAACCUUCAAACGGAUCCAUGAAUACAAGCCAUUUAAGACACGCUUUUACACUCACAAAGAUAUACUGGAUAUUGGGGCAAAUACUCUGAAUAAAGAAGAGCAAUUCCAAGAGGAAAUACUCAAAGAACGUAUUGCAAAAGCAGAAGCUGAUGUGUGGGUGCAGGCUGAUAAACGCCAAAAACAAGCAAUCGAGAAGGCACUUGAAGAAGCAAAUGACAAACACAAAAUGAAUAUUCAGAUUCUGAAAGAAGAACAUCAAAAAGACUUACAGGAAAUGGCAGCUAAAACCAAGAUAGAGAUUCACCAAAACAUGGAAGAUGAACUACAGAGAGAACACCUGGCUGCAGAACAACGCAUGGUGCAUAGAAUCCAAAGGAUUGUGAUGGAGUGCCACAGGGAGAAGGUCCAGGCUGUGGAGAAGGCCAGGGCUGAAGAGAGACAGAUGGCCCAGGAGGCAAUCCAGGCCCAGAAAAGAAUGGCCAUGGAGGAACUUUUGAAUACUGGUAUAACAGCUAUGAAGGAUCAAAAGAAGAACGUGAGCCAACUGAUAAAAGAAAAAGAACAUGAAAUGAACGUCUACUAUUGCAUGGCUCAGAGGCAGAAGCAAGAAGAGGUUCAGGAAGUACUCCAAGAGGCAGAGAAGACACAUCAGGCCACACUUGGAAAUGUGAUGGAUAAGCUGGUUAACACCCAGGGGGAGCUGCUGUCCAUAGUGAAACAACUAGGCAUCAUGACAAAUUGGAAGGAUUUCCUGGAGGAGGAAUUGCAGGAAACAAGGGCAGCAUUUCAAAAAUACAUCAAUUAUACAUUUCCUAAGCUUUCACCAGGACAUGCAGAUUUUAUUCUGCCAGAAAGAAAGAAAACACCUUCCAAUCUUAUUAUUGAGGAGAAUGAAACAACUCUUGAUUAGAAGAAGUCUUUAACUGAAAUUUCACUACAAAGCCAUUGUUCCGAACACUAAAUAAAUGAACUCAAAAACCA